AUGGUGACGGCCCAGCCACCUCGUCACUCACGGCCCAGCCACCUCGUCACGCACGGCCCAGCCACCUCGUCACGCACGGCCCAGCCACCUCAUCACGCACGGCCCAGCCACCUCGUCACGCACGGCCCAGCCACCUCGUCACGCACGGCCCAGCCACCUCGUCACGCACGGCCCAGCCACCUCGUCACGCACGGCCCAGCCACCUCAUCACGCACGGCCCAGCCACCUCGUCACGCACGGCCCAGCCACCUCGUCACGUACGGCCCAGCCACCUCAUCACGCACGCACGGCCCAGCCACCUCGUCACGCACGGCCCAGCUACCUCGUCACGCACGGCCCAGCCACCUCGUCAAACACGGCCCAGCCACCUCGUCACGCACGGCCCAGCCACCUUGUCACGUACGACCUAGCCACCUUGUCACGUACGGCCUAGCCACCUCGUCACGCACGGCCCAGCCACCUCGUCAAACACGGCCCAGCCACCUCGUCAAGCACGGCCCAGCCACCUCAUCACGCACGUCCCAGCCACCAGGUCACGUACGGCCUAGCCACCUCAUCAAACACGGCCCAGCCACCUCGUCAUGCACGGCCCAGCCACCUCGUCACGCAAGGCCUAGCCACCUCGUCAAACACGGCCCAGCCACCUCGUCACGCACGGCCCAGACACCUCAUCACGCAAGGCCCAGCCACCUCGUCACGCACGGCCCAGCCACCUCGUCACGCACGGCCCAGCCACCAGGUCACGUACGGCCUAGCCACCUCAUCAAACACGGCCCAGCCACCUCGUCACGCACGGCCCAGCCACCUCGUCACGCAAGGCCUAGCUACCUCGUCAAACACGGCCCAGCCACCUCGUCACGCACGGCCCAGACACCUCAUCACGCAAGGCCCAGCCACCUCGUCACGCACGGCCCAGCCACCUCGUCACGCACGGCCCAGCCACCUCGUCACGUACGGCCCAGCCACCUCAUCACGCACGCACGGCCCAGCCACCUCGUCAAACACGGCCCAGCCACCUCGUCACGCACGGCCCAGCCACCUCGUCACGUACGACCUAGCCACCUUGUCACGUACGGCCUAGCCACCUCGUCACGCACGGCCCAGCCACCUCGUCAAACACGGCCCAGCCACCUCGUCAAGCACGGCCCAGCCACCUCAUCACGCACGUCCCAGCCACCAGGUCACGUACGGCCUAGCCACCUCAUCAAACACGGCCCAGCCACCUCGUCACGCACGGCCCAGCCACCUCGUCACGCAAGGCCUAGCUACCUCGUCAAACACGGCCCAGCCACCUCGUCACGCACGGCCCAGCCACCUCAUCACGCAAGGCCCAGCCACCUCGUCACGCACAGCCCAGCCACCUCGUCACGCAUGGCCCAGCCACCUCGUCACGCAUGUCCUAGCCACCUCGUCGCGUACGGCCUAGCCACCUCUUCAAACACGCCCAGCCACCUCGUCACACGCGGCCCCACCUGGUCUCGCACCGCACAGCCCCACCUCAUUACGCACGGCCUAGCCACCUCGUCACGAAUGGCCCAUGAAAUUCCUGACCAGUUACUGUACUGA